ACAAGACGACGAAUUCGACGGCGGGAAAACACAAGCCGAUCUCCACUAGCACGAGAGGACGACAAACAUUAUCCAAACUCAUCCUUUCCCCUACCAUUUAUUCAAGACAUCAUGGGAUGCAAACUUUCGAGGGGUCCAGUUCCCGAGCUUCACAAUUUGCGCAUUAUGGUUACUUGCACAACCACUAAGGCCGACCAUGGGUGCCAGCAAAUGAUCAAGGACUUCCGUAUCGAAAACGCGCACAUUUACUCUGAUGCCCUCGUGGAACAUCGUGAUGGCUGGGGGAAACACCUAGUCGAGCCCAUUAGCAAGAAGGAAGCCGAGAAGUUGGCCGGGAAGGAAGCCGAGAAGGGGGCCGAGAAGGCGGCCGAGAAGGGGGCCGAGAAGGCGGCCGAGAAGGGGGCCGAGAACGAUCGACCACCUCUAUUUGAGGUGAAGGUCGGUUUGUGCGCAGGUACCGGUGGCGAGUCCUGGGCCCAAGGCGUGAUUUUGCAGCACGCAAUGACAGCGAAGUCUGAGGUUUGGGUUGGCCCACGGUCACUUGAUUUGGGGGUCUUGAUGGAUGACAUAGCAGGUGGAAAUCCUACUUUGGAGCCGGUGAAGGAGGAUGACCCUCGAGUGGAGGAGUUGACCAAGAGCGAAAAACCGGGACCAUGAUAUGUUUUCAUGAUUACCUACCUCUACCUUACCCAGAACUGGUACAAUGUCUUUCACACCAGUGGCGUGGUUUCCAUUUCCUUACUGCAUUUUUCACUGUUUCUUUCUUCCCUUCUUCCCAUGUUCUUAGGUGUUCCUUUCUGAAGGACUCCUCUGAGUAGCUUUGUGUAGCGCCG